AUGACGCAGGAGGUAGAGAGAGCCCCUGGCCCGAGCCAGAGCAAGACAGUCCGGGUUUCGUUCGAGUCUGCUCCCGACCCGCAAGCUUCCAACUCCGCCGUGCAGCAGCCUACUUCUAGCAGCGGUGGUGGUCACCAUAGAUCAGCCACCAGCAGCGGCGUCCAGUUCCACAACGGUCCUAAAGCAACAGGCGAUGCCAGUGCUGAGUCGCAUUCUUCUGUGAAUGAAUCUAGGGCGCGCUCAAGACCCAAUAUAAAUGGCAAGCGGAAGCCGGCUUUGAUACGAGCGAAGAGUGAGCAUUGGCAUGACCUAGGCUCGGAGAUUAGAGCGUUAGGAGGCGAGGAGGAAGAUGUCCAGCUCCGCCAUGGCUGGCAGGAUGAAUACACAUCCAGCGAAUACUUGAAGAUCCUAAACUCUAACUUCUACAUGUACUUCACCGAAAAGCGACAUGAUACCAACGGGAUUCCGAAACAACCGGAUGAGGUCUGGAGAAACCAGGAUUGGCGCAUGAGAGAUAGGUUGAAGACCGUCUCGGCGGCACUUGCUAUCUGUCUCAACAUCGGAGUAGACCCUCCAGACGUAGUCAAGACGAAUCCCGCAGCUAAGCUCGAAUGCUGGGUAGAUCCAACCUCCACAACCGGCGCCCAAAACAAGGUUAUGGAACAGAUUGGAAAGAAGCUACAGGAACAAUACGAAACGCUCAGCUUACGGACCCGAUAUAAGCAGUACUUGGAUCCUUCCGUAGAGGAAACGAAAAAGUUCUGCAUUUCCUUACGUCGUAAUGCAAAGGAUGAAAGAGUCCUCUUUCACUACAACGGCCACGGUGUUCCUCUGCCCACACCCUCUGGCGAAAUAUGGGUAUUCAACAAGAAUUAUACGCAAUAUAUUCCUGUUUCUCUCUACGAUUUGCAGACCUGGCUUGCUGGGCCAAGCUUGUUCGUGUUUGAUGUAUCUCACGCUGGUAACAUUGUUCAGAAUUUCCACGCGUUCCUUGAAAAACAUGAAAAGGAAAACGCUGAGGCUCGAAAAAGAGAUCCUAUUGCAUCUCUCCAGAAUUAUGGUGAUUGCAUUUUACUCGCUGCUUGUGAGAAGAACGAAACACUACCAACAAACCCCGAUCUACCCGCAGAUCUUUUUACAUGUUGUCUAACAACCCCAAUUGAAAUUGCCUUAAGGUAUUUUGUGCUCCAGAAUCCUUUACAGACAAGCCUCUCCGUGGACGAAUUUAGAGUUCCGGGACGUUUACAGGAUAGAAGAAGUCCGCUGGGUGAACUUAAUUGGAUAUUCACAGCAAUCACCGAUACGAUUGCUUGGAACACGCUUCCACGCCCCUUAUUUAAGAAGCUAUUCCGACAAGAUCUCAUGGUUGCUGCCUUGUUCCGGAAUUUCCUGCUCAGUGAACGAAUCAUGAGAACCCAUGAAUGUCAUCCCAUCUCUUCCCCCAAGUUACCUAUCACUCACACCCACCCUCUCUGGCAGAGUUGGGAUUUGGCUGUUGAAAUGGUGCUCGCCCAACUUCCAGCCCUCAUUGAGCAGGAAGAAGGCACUCGCCACUAUGAAUACCAGCAUUCUCCAUUCUUCGCAGAGCAACUUACAGCUUUUGAGGUCUACCUCUCUUCAGGACCCACUGAGAAAAACCCGCCGGAUCAGCUCCCAAUUGUACUACAAGUUCUUCUCAGUCAAGCACACCGAUUACGUGCCUUGAUUCUUUUGAGCGGGUUCCUUGAUCUAGGUCCCUGGGCUGUCCACCUUGCUCUCAGCAUUGGUAUCUUCCCUUAUGUUGUUAAGCUGCUCCAAAGUGCUGCUCAAGAGCUUAAACCCGUUAUGGUAUUCAUCUGGGCAAGGAUAAUGGCAGUUGAUCACACAGUACAGAAUGAUCUACUAAAAGACAAUGGCAUCCAUUACUUCAUUACCAUUCUCAACCCUAAUGCCCCCAUACCUGUUGCAAAUGUUAGUGAUCAUAGAGCUAUGUGUGCAUUCAUUGUUGCCAUUUUCUGCAAACAGUACCCUCAGGGACAACAUGUCUGUUUGUCUCCGGAUCUAAUUGACGCUUGUCUAACUCAUCUAUUGGACACUGAAAACCCUCUAUUACGCCAAUGGUCCUGUCUAUGCCUAAGCAUGCUAUGGAAUGAUUUCCCAGAAGCCAAAUGGAUGGGUAUUCGCGCGUCAGCUCCGCCAAAACUCUGUGACCUUGCAACCGACCCUGUUCCAGAAGUUAGAGCAGCAAUGCUACACGCUCUUACUAGCUUUAUCGGAAUCCCAGAUCUUACCGAUCAAGUAGCCCAAAUUGAGGAGUAUCUUGCAAUGGCUGUACUUCCAAUGGGCUCUGACGGUAGCGUUCUUAGAUACCAAAACAAAUUCAUUGUUGCUGCAUAUGAACAACUACUUGAGGAGAAGCAGGUUCUCAAAACCCAGCCUGCGGGUUCUCCAUUGAUGCCACCUCCUCAGCCAUCCGAGAACGGUGUAUCUCACAGCACCGUGAUUGGGUCGAUCUGGAAACUGGUCCUUGUCCUAUCCGUUGAUCCUCACCCCGACGUUGCUCAAGAUGGCGGCAUAAUUGUUGACUAUGUACACAAAGUCCUCCUAGAAUCACCCUUGGGCAACUUGGCACGUAAAGCGAGGGAUGACAUACUCGAAUUGUUUACUCGUGCCCAGUCGAAGAAAACACAGCAGCAGGAGUCUGUUGACAAUGCUAGACCCAAGACUCCUCCGAGCCAGCAAGCACCUAAACCUGAAGGGUAUCUUUCCUUGAGCUUACGAAGGACCGCUAGUGUCGCAGCAUCUUUGAAAAAUAUGGCUUUUGGAUCUUCUUCAAACAGCCCACAAGUUCCUGGCUCCCCAAACUCGGCAACAUUUGCUAAACCACAACAUCCCAAAGGCCGCGUUACAGUUACGCCGAGGGGUCGAGCACCUGCCGAAUGGACGAGGCCUCCAGAAGUGAAUGACCAACGCCCAUCUGCAAGGUCAUACCAACAAGCACCUACGCCGUCUUCGAGAGGGUUUGAAUCUAGAGAUAUGAAAGAAGAGCCCAACAUUCCAUUAUACUUCCGAGAGCCACAGAUGAAGCCCAACGAGCCAGAUGAACCUGGUAGUUCAGACUAUAAUGAACGCUUGUGGCGACGAAGCAGGAACGAAAAAAUUAUCGUAGAGACGCAACCAAUGAAGGCUAGAGCGGGAAGUACUCGCUGGGAUAACUCUAUUUCUCUGAUAAAUAAUUCUACCCAGCCAAUGAAGAUGUGCUUUCAUCAAUUUGAGGACCAUCUAGCAGUCGCUGAUGAUCGGGACACUAUCUGCAUCUGGGAUUGGCAAUCAAACACCUAUCUCAACCGAUUCUCCAACGGCAACCCUCUUGGUUCCAAGAUCAAUGAAGUUCGUUUCAUUAAUGAGGACGACCAAGCUAUAUUAAUGACCGGUUCCUCUGAUGGUGUAUUAAAACUAUUUCGCGGCUACGAGUCGAGCAAGGACGUCAAAGUCCUCACUGCAUUCCGUGCUCUACCUGAAUUAAUACCCAGCAAUAAAAAUGCUGGUCUUGUUCUUGACUGGCAGCAAGGUCAAGGGAAAGCCUUGGUAGCGGGAGAUGUGAAAGUUAUUCGAGUAUGGAAUGCAGCUACUGAAGUUUGCACAACGGAUAUAUCUGCCCGCUCUGGAUCAUGCAUCACCUCUCUGACCUCUGACCAAGUAGCCGGCAACAUCUUCGUUGCAGGAUUUGGUGAUGGUGCAGUUCGUGUUUUCGACCAGCGCUUGAAACCAACCACUGCCAUGGUAAAAGUCUGGAGGGAACACAAACAAUGGAUCACCAACGUACACAUGCAGCGAGGCGGCGUUAGAGAACUAGUGUCUGGUAGCCGCAAUGGCGAAGUUCGACUGUGGGAUCUAAGAAUGGAUCACUCGGUUGAGUCAACACAGGCGACCAAAGAUACUCUCCGUACCUUGGGCGUCCAUGAGCACGCUCCUGUCUUCACCAUUGGAACCAAUCGCCGAGAAGUCAAAACUUUCAAUGUUGACGGAACUCAUCUUUCCACCUUUGAGCCCCACAGCAGCUUUUUGCAUCACAGCCGUUCCUCUCCAGUCCUUUCCGCCCGCACCCGAGGGACCCUUCGUCCCCUUCAUUACUCUUGA